GUGUCUUACAACCAUGCGUCAGCAUUGUAAAUCCUGGAUGCGCCAUCAAUGAGAAUAUGACACUCUGAGCUUAUCCUGGUAAAUACAAGACCUACUUAGCCAGAAUUGCGGAAUUCCGCAGUCACACCGUCACCCAUUGACAAAGAAAUCUACACCAUCCACUCAUUGUCCCAGCUUAACAUUGAUGCAGAUAGACAAUGUACGACUUAGUGAUCAUUGGAGCCGGCAUCCAUGGGCUUAUCAUGGCCAAAACAUAUUUGGAUGUGUAUCCAGCUGCUCGAUUGUUGAUGCUGGACUCGGCUGAAUCAAUUGGAGGAACGUGGUCGGCCAAUCGACAGUACCCAGGCCUUCACUCGAACAACCUUGUAGGCUCUUACGAAUAUUCGGAUUUCCCGCUCGAUCGAGCUACGUUAGGAAUCAGCGCUGGAGAGCACAUACCAGGUCCGAAGCUGCACCAAUACCUUCAGGCAUUUGCAGCUGAAUUUGAUCUGACUCGGCGGACGAAGCUCAACUCCAAGGUUGAGGUUGUUGAGCGUCUAUCUCCAAACGAAUGGAGAAUCAGCUACCGAGAUAUUUCCAACUCCGUCGUGAGUGUGACUACGAACAAGCUCGUCAUUGCUACCGGGCUGACAAACAAUCCAUUUGUUCCUCAAUUUCGCGGUCAGGACAAUUUUGAGGCUCCCGUCUUCCACGUCAGGGAUCUCAAGGGUCGUGUAGAAGGGCUGGUGAAGUCGGCGAGGAAUAUCAUUCUCCUCGGAGGCUCCAAGUCUUCGUACGACGUGGCAUACACCUUUGCCUCGCAAGGGGUCACGGUCGACUGGAUUAUUCGUGAGUCUGGCCACGGCGCCAAUUGGAUGUCACCACCCCUUGUUACACCUUUUCAAAAGAGACUUGAAGGCUUGGUGGGCGUGAGGUUUCUCACCUGGUUCAGCCCGUGCAUCUGGGGUGCCCAAGACGGCUUCGCCUGGGUUCGCAAGAUGCUGCACGGUACCUGGAUCGGAAGAUUCUUCGUCGACAGGUUCUGGGACGUUCUAACGGGCGAUCUGGAUGAGCGGACCGGAUAUAACAAGCAUCCCGAGACCGCAAAGCUGAGGCCAAAGCUGCCCACUUUUUGGCAUGCCUCGUCGGUGUCAAUCUUGAACUAUCCCACUGAUAUUUUCGAGUAUGUCCGCAACGGCACCAUCAAGGUUCAUGUUGCCGACAUCGAUCAUCUCUCCAAAGGAACCGCCCAUCUGAGCAACGGCACAACAGUCAGUGGCGACGCUUUGAUCUGCUCGACAGGCUGGCACCAUCGACCAUCCAUGAAAUUCCUACCUGAAGGUAUAGACGCAGAGCUAGGGAUUCCGCAUGAUUCUACUGAACCAGAAACCAGCCUCGUCAGUCGCGCUGAUGAGGAGAUUCUGGGUCGCUUUCCACGACUUAAAGACCAACCAGAUGUAUACCAGAACUACCAGCCUCUGCAGCCAGCAAAGGAUGAAGCCGUUGUCAAUCAACGUCCUUUCCGGCUGUAUCGCUUUAUGGUGCCACCCACAAGCAUCAAUACUCCAUCCAUCGCUUUCCUAGGUAUUCUUCUGACGAUUCACACCGUCCCAGUCGCACAAGCCCAAGCUCUCUGGCUCACUGCUUAUCUAAACAACCAACUCUCCGCUCAACGACUCAACCCCACGAAAAGUUUCGACCCCGAUGCUGUGGCCUACGAAACAAUCUUGCAGACACAGUUCGGCAAAUGGCGGUACCCGGGCGCGUUCGGGAAGCAAUUCCCAGACUUUGUAUUCGAUGCGGUGCCGUACAUGGACAUGUUGCUGAGGGAUCUAGGAUUGAGGUUCAGGAGGAAGAAGACCUGGUGGGCGGAGAUCUGGUAUCCAUAUGGCCCAGAGGACUACAAGGGUUUGGUGGAUGAGUGGCGGAUUCAGCAAGCGUAGGCGAAAGCGUUAGACACAAGAAUGUCGCCGAGAACGAUGGGAGCAUGCAAUGAGAGUGCUUAGUCCAGCAAACGGGCAUCAAGCUGUCUAUUGUUCCUGGCUCUAGUGACCAUGCUGAUGGAUCACUUUGCAGAGCACCCUCUGAAACGAGAUAUUGUCGACGGGCAAGGCGAGGCCACCGAGACUAUAACCAGGCCGCAUUCUAAUUCAUCUUGGGCUGGCGCUUAGAG